GGAAGUUUGCGUUAUCUUGUUUCUAGGCAACGAGUGUAAACAGACUGUUAACGGUAGUUAUUCAUUUCUUUACGCAGCGCUACAAACUCACAGACAACACAGAGUUGUUCACAGAAUUGUAUGGGCCAUAAGCAUCUUGAUCUGCAAACCCUGGUAAAACAUGCAGAUGGUGCCACAACAUUCCCUGACACGUAAUUUUUGGGAAAAAGAAAUAAUAUCACCAAAACUUCCAUUCUUGUGGAGAGAGGACAUGAGCAGGCAUCCCUCAGGAACAAAUCAUGGCCCAAAUCAGCAUCCCUGGCAACCUUCAGACAGAAUCCACAGGAAAGAGGACAUAUUCCUGGAGGAGCAGAAUAAAUAUAUUCCUCCACGGAGAGCUUCUGCUGUUGAGGAGGUGUUUCCUCUAAAGCCAGUCCUUCACAAGAGAGCAUACAGCCUGAGUAACUACGGUACUGUCUCAAAUUCAGAAUAUCAAGAGAGAUUUCACUCAGGUCUGCCCAGAUUGACUGAUCAGGCACUUAUUAGACAACAACACAAACCAAAAUCUCCUAAGUCGACUCACGAGCAACUAACAGGCAGGAAGCAAACAACGAGUAAUUUCGUCCGUGAACAUCAGGAACAGAAGUUUUCUGAGAAACUGUCAAAGGAAAUCCACUCAAAAGAGAUGAUACUACAGCAACGUUUUUUUAAAGCAGAGGAGACCUUGCGGAAAAUCCAGAGAGAGAGGACUGGUCGACAUGACCGUAUGACAAGAGAGGAGAAAGAUGAGAGAUAUUUGGAAAAGGGAAAACGAGAAAACAGAUUGUACAGUGAUGAAUACGGUCACUGGGAUGAUGGAAGAGACAGAUAUAGGAAUGAAAAAAAAGAAAUCAGCGAUGACAUGGAAAGAUGGGAGGAGUGGGAACGUAAGGUAAAUCAAAGAAUGAAGGUGAGCAGGAGACAAUCAGAGAUGACAAAGAAUCAUAAGCUGAAGGAUAAGAGAGAGGGUGAUGGGUAUGAAAACGCUGUAAAAGGACGAAGAGGGGAAAUGCAGGAGAACAGCUGGAGAGAGAAUGGGAUGGGAAUGGGAAGUGAUACAUGGGACAGGAGUGAGUGGAGAAAUGUGGAAGAGGUAAAUAAGAUACAGAGAGAGAAAUAUGACAGAAGAAAGGAAAUGCACAGCAGAAAAGAGGAGGAAGAAUGGGACAUGAGAAAACCAAGAUCAUCAGACUCUAGGAAAACAGAGCGGUCUUAUUUCAAGCAAGACCGAUUCGAGAACAGAGAACAUAACGAGGGUCCGUAUGAACCUUCAUUAAGUCACGGUGGAAGGAGAAGGAAGAGCGCAGUUGAGGAGUCUGUACAAGACAGAAUUCCCAGUCAGAGAGGAAACCGACUCCUGCAGGUGGAACUCAGUCCGGAGGAAAGUCCAGAUGCUUCACAACAACUCUUUGCGUGCGGCGUGUGUCAGCGCCGAUUCUUACGAGACAGACUGGAGACACACAUGAAGGUCUGUGAGAGAAAACGUCCUCAGCGCAAGGUCUUUGACACAUCCAAACAUAGGGCCAAAGGAACGGACCUGGAGGAAUUCUUGAAGACCAACGGCAGAAGCAGGACACCAGAAGAGAUUAAGAAAAGUAACUGGCGUCAGAAACAAACUUACGUGCCAGGAGGUCAUCAGCCACAGUCGGUUUUAAAUCUGAAUCCAGAAUAUAUAAGCUGUCCUCACUGUGGGCGUAAAUUUGCUCCAGGACCAGCAGAGAGACACAUUCCCAAAUGUCAAAACAUCAGGAACAGACCAUCAGCUCCCAAACAACUGCCCGUCACUGCCAGGAGAAAGAUCACACGCUGACAACAAUAUGAAUAUGUGACUGUAAUGUCUCUUAUCUGGAAAACCAGUCAUAUGAUAGUGAUGCUUUUGUUUUGAAGAAUAAAGUAGUGAUAAGAUUUUAGUGUGUAAGAUAGUGUGAUUUUGCUUUUUAAGAAAUUUAAAUGUGAGUAUACUUGUAUUUCAGAUGCAUUUCUUUAAAUGAUGUUAAUAAACACUUUAUGACAUUAACAUGUUUCACUAUACACACAGGACUUUCAUGUUUUCUCAGUAUAAUUGACCAAAUACAGUUGUGUUAAACAUAACAGUUUGUAUCUUAAAGAAUAUAUUCUAAUAUUUAUUGUGAUACUAUUAUAGAUGACAGGUUUGUGUUUUAGGUCCCAGGCUGUUGUAUAAUCCAGUCAAGUCCUGAUUUAAGAAAUGUUUAGAUUGACUGAAGUCAAGUGUUGCCAUCUGCUGGUGUAAUGAUGUAACAUAAAGAGUGAAGGAUCAAAUGAGUAAA